AUGAGACGAUAUCGUUACGACAGCAAUGACGCAGACAGUUCUGUAGCAUUGGUUCAGCCUAUAAAAGAUCGUUGCGAUAAUCAGUUGAUGUCGAAUCUUCUCAGGUUUAACAACAUGAACAGAAUUCUUAUCGCUUUGGUUCUCUGCUUGGCAGUGCUUUCCGUACAAGCUCAAAAAAGAGAGAAGGUCGAACUAGUACCACUUUCCUUCCGAGGAGAUGUCUGCGACAAAGUUUGCAACAAGCGUGACGGAUGGGAGCGUUGUGAGAAGGUGACGAAACGAGGACAAUACGAGGUCACCUGUACCGAUCUUCGCGGAGGUUCCGGAGGUCCAGGAGGCAAAGGAGGACCAAAAGGACCAUUUGGAAAGGGACCUUUUGGACGUCGUUGA